ACAGGAAAAAGCAUUUGGGCAGGAACACAGAUGGGUUCGAGUGCUUGAGGGAGGAGCACCACCACAACUAUAAAACUCAUCCGCGUGAGUCCCAACCUCACUCCGUAGAGAAAAGAGAGUCCAACAUGUCAUACUAUGAGCACAUCCUCUUUGACUAUGAAUACAAUGACAGCAGUUCUGGCUCUGGUUCUGGUGAUAUUGGGGUGGAUCUGGAGGAGCCUUGCGAGGUGGAGCACCUGAUGACCUCUGACUUUCAGCAGGUCUUUUUACCUGUGGUCUAUGCCUUCAUCUUCCUGCUGGGCAUCACCGGAAACGGUCUGGUGGUCUUUGUCUUGGGCUGCCAGCGUAGGUCAAAAUCCAGCCUUACCGACCGGUACCGAUUGCACCUCUCAGCUGCCGAUCUCCUCUUUGUUGUGGCGCUUCCGUUCUGGGCGGUGGACGCGGCGCUGGCCGACUGGCGCUUUGGGGCAGCCACCUGCGUCGGCGUGCACGUUAUCUAUACGGUCAACCUGUACGGCAGCGUGCUCAUCCUGGCCUUCAUCAGUCUGGACCGCUACCUGGCGGUGGUUCGGGCCACCGAUACCAACACGGGUGGCCUGAGGCAGAUGCUGGCGCACAGAUUGGUCUAUGUGGGCGCGUGGUUGCCCGCCAGUUUGCUGGCCAUUCCCGACUUGGUAUUUGCCCGAACUCAAGAAGGAGGCGAGGGAAGCACCUUGUGCCAAAGAUUUUACCCAGCGGAACACGCUCCUCUCUGGGUGGCCGUUUUUCACCUACAGCUGGUCCUCGUGGGUCUGGUGAUCCCAGGUCUGGUGCUUCUGGUGUGUUACUGCGUCAUCGUCACCAGGCUGACCCGGGGACCUCUCGGGGGUCAAAGGCAGAAACGACGAGCGGUGAGGACCACCAUCGCGCUGGUGCUCUGCUUCUUUGUGUGUUGGCUGCCCUACGGAGCGGGCAUCUCUGUGGAUGCCAUGCUGCGUUUGGAGGUUCUGCCCCGCAGCUGCAACCUGGAGGCCUUCCUGGGUGUGUGGUUGGCGGUGGCUGAGCCCAUGGCAUUUGCGCAUUGUUGCUUAAACCCGCUGCUUUAUGCCUUUCUGGGGGCAGGCUUCAAAAAUUCAGCCCGCAGAGCCUUGACACUGAGCAGAGCAUCCAGUUUGAAGGUUUUACCGAGACGACGCAACGGGGCCUCCACAACCACAGAGUCUGAGUCGUCCAGUUUGCACUCUAGCUAGUGUUUGCUCAUUCUGACUCCAAGCGUGUGAGUGUGCGUGAAAUAAUAAUAGAAAUAAUCUGAGAAUUUAAGGAGCAAGUCUGCUGGCGGUCUUCUCUCAAUUCUCUUGUAAAUAGUGUCUUUUGUUGGGUCAAUGCUGCUGUGCUUUCACUGAACUGUAAUGGUUUAUAAUAAAUAUGGAGAAAAAAAUC